AUGAACCCCGGUGCAGUAAAGCGUGCAACUGUGCGCGCUUGGACGCUGGCUGACAGCUACAGCUUCAUCGCGACUUUCCUACGCCGUCACCAUAGCACCAAUGUUGAGCCCCAACAUCAGCCGCACCCUCAGGCCCAACCUCAACUCCAGCAGCCCCAGCACUCACAAUACAACCAGCGCCGACAGCAACAUGAUGGAGCCUACGACCGCUCCCGCCGCCAUUUCCACGACUACUUCGUCACCCACCUCCCAUCCUCCUCUCUACACCCGGACUCCCGCGCCUCUCCAGGACCUCAUCACAAGCUACCCCGGUCAGCUUCCACACCGCACACCGCCAGUGCAGCACGGGGCCCUUCCCCAGCCACCGUGCAGCCACCCAUCGGCGUCUCGCGCGAAACAACCGUGGUUCGCAUCCCGCUGCGUAGCGCGAAGCACCACUUCGGCGUCUGCGCUGCACGGGGGACGCGGCCCACCAAUGAAGAUACAUAUCAGGCGGGCGUGAUUGAUAUACCAGCCUUUGCGCGGCGGGCACCACUGUCAUUGACGAUUGGGGCACGGUCUGCGGCGGCGGCGGCUGCUAGGGGGGAGAAGGCUGCUGCUGCCGGUGGGGAGAAGGGAGGGGUCGUGGACCAGAACAAGGGGGCGGAGAGUGCGAGUGGAGACCCGCAGGUGUUUUAUUUUGGGGUUUUUGAUGGACAUGGUGGGGCUGAGUGUAGUGAAUUUCUGAGGGAUUGUCUGCAUGAGUAUGUGCAGGAUGCGGCUGUGGACUUUGAGAUGCAGUCGAGUUUGAAGAAGGAGAUUGAGACUGGGGAGAGGGUUUUGGGGAAGGGGCCCCGUAGCUCUAUUGUAGAGAGGGACGGGAAAAUGGAGGGUCAUGGUGAUGGCUCAGCACAUAACAGCAAGGAGAGAGAGACAUUACAUCUACAAGGUGACCUGCCCAUUAUCCAGCGGGCUAAUAGGCAGAAAAUCGGAGAGCUGGAGAAGGAAUUGGUAUUCAGUUGGAAGAAUCUAGUAGGGGGCUAUUAUCGACGAUUUCGCCCACCACACUUCGCCUACUCUGCAGACUUCGAUUUCAUCUACGCCCAAGCUGCCAAGCAGGACGAGGACGAUCUCGUCCAGGCCGAAAAACCUCUCAACGAAGCCGACAUCCUCCACCACCCUAGCCGAUCCCCAUACCCUGUCAUCGGUGGACCCACCCGCUUCAAAGGCGGCAGCACAGCCAGCAUCGCCAUGAUCUCCACCCCAAGCCCAACCCCGUUCUGGAAUCCGUCCGCCCCAUCCUCCCUCGUCGUCUCCCACGUCGGUGACACCCGCAUCCUCCUCUGCUCCACCACAACCGGCCUCGCCAUCCCGCUCACAACAGACCACCACCCCUCCUCCCCGAUCGAAGGAAAUCGGCUGCGCCGCUACGCCGCGACGUUCGUCACGGAUUCCUUCGGCGAAGAGCGCAUGAGCGGGCUCGCCAACACGCGCGCCUUUGGCGACAUGCGGUCAAAGCGGAUCGGGGUGUCUGCGGAACCUGAGCUGCGGCGCGUGGAGAUGGGGCCGGCAGAGUACUCGUUCCUGGUGCUGAUGACGGACGGGGUGAGCGGAGCGAUGUCUGACCAGGAGGUCGUGGAUGUGGUGAAGGAAGCGCGGACGCCAGAUGAGGGGGCGAGGGAUGUUGUGGCGUUUGCAACCGAGGUGGGGGCUGAUGGGGAUAAUGCGACGUGUCUUGUUAUUAGGCUGGGAGGGUGGGAGAGGAGAAUUGAGGGAGGUUUGGGGAGUAUGGGGACAAGGGAGAUGAGGGAGUGGAGGAGGGAGGAGGCGACGGAUCCAAGGCUGAGGAGGAGAUAG